UGGAAACUAUUUCCCACAAAACCACCAUGGCCCAAGCUCUUGGGUGGCUGCUGCUGCUGCUCUUCUGUUCCUAUGCUCAGAGUUUUCUCUGGAGACGGACUCGCGGUGCCUCAUCGAGCAAAGAGAAGCACCCUACUGAGGGCUGGUUCUGGCAAAAGUUGGACCAUUUUAGCAAAAAUGGUUCACGUUUCUGGCUACAGAGAUAUUUCCUUAAUGAUGCCUUCUACAAACCUGGAGGCCCAAUAUUUCUGAUGAUUGAAGGGGCAUUAACAGCCGAUAUAUAUCAUCUAUCAGGGAGUAAUACCUGGGUUACGUAUGCUGAGAGACUAGGCGCCCUCUGCUUACUACUGGAACACAGAUUUUAUGGACUCAGCCAACCAGCAGGGUAAGUUUAAAGGUCUCUUUUUAGUGGUUGUUCUCAUUGCUGUUGCUAGUCUCUCUCUUUUUAAUUAGGCGAUGUUAAGUCUAAAUAUGUUCUUUAAGGGAGGUGAAUAUUUGAAAAUUCAAAUGAUAAGAAGAAAAGCA